UCAAACUCAAAAAGUCAUAAAAUGAAGUAAAAGAAAUAAAGACUUGAGAGUCAAUAAUCAAUACCCAUUUGUUUUUUGUUUUUUUCUUUUUUUAAGAUUCAAAGAAUCAUAGAAAAGGAGAUUGGUACAUGCGGUUUUGAGUCUCUGGAUUCCUUGAUCAAUCACCAAAAUUUUCUGCUUCUCUUAUGGCUGGACCAUCAUGGUUGGUUGAUGGGAAUAGAUUUGCAACGAAAAUCAAAAGUGCAGCAAAUCCUGAAAAGGUGAUAUGGCAGAGCAAUCCAUCUAAACCUUGCCCGAAAUGCCAACAUGUUAUUGACAACGCUGAUGUUACUCAACAGUGGCCUGGAUUACCCAAAGGUGUGAAAUUUGAUCCGACUGAUCAAGAAAUUAUUUGGCAUUUACUUGCAAAAGUUGGUGCAGGCGGUUUUGAACCUCACCCCUUUAUUAAUGAGUUCAUUCCUACUGUUAACAAGGAUGAUGGGAUCUGUUAUACCCAUCCUCAGAAUCUACCAGGUGUUAGGCAGGAUGGAAGUGUAUCUCACUUCUUUCACAGAGCAAUCAAGGCUUACAACACUGGGACUCGAAAGCGUCGAAAGAUUCAAGGCGAUGAUUUGGGUGAUGUCCGCUGGCACAAGACUGGAAGGAAUAAACCAGUGCUGUUGGAUGGAGUUCAGAGGGGUUGCAAGAAAAUUAUGGUACUGUACAUGAGCACAGUCAGAGGAGGCAAAGCUGAGAAAACAAAUUGGGUUAUGCAUCAAUAUCACUUGGGGACAGGUGAUGAUGAGAGGGAGGGGGAUUAUGUAGUUUCCAAGAUAUUUUAUCAGCAGCAACAUAUUAACAAGGGUGACAAAACUGAAGAUGAUUUGUUUGAAAAUAUUGAUCCUGUGAUUGCAAAAGUUGAUCCAGUCACACCAGUAUCUGUGACUCCUGAACCUCCAAGUAUUGAAAGGCGAUGUCCGGAUCUUGAUUUGGGUAAAGAGUCUACAAUUCCCAAUAUUUGCACAGACCACGCUCAGCAUCCUGGGAUGGAACAUGCAGAAAUCCAGGUGCAACCUGAACGUGAAAAUCCCUCUUAUGAUGAUCAAUUGAAGACAGAAAAUACUAAUGAGAUGAUGGAGAAUAAUGAUGACUGUGUUGAGGAAAAUCAGAAAUGGUGGGACAGUGAGUCACAAAAUCUGUUGGAUUCACAACAGCUCGUGGGAGCCCUAUCUUUGUGUGAUGAGUUCCUUCAAAGCCAAUCUCCUAACAGGUACGAAAGUGGGAAUGGGAGGGCCAACGGCAAGCCCUGCCUUGCUGAUUAUGCGCGGUUAGGACCGGAGGAUUUAAAGAAGGAUCUUGAGGAGUGCCAGAAUCUAGUACUUGAUCCGGCUAACAUAGAACUCGAUACACCUCCAGAUUUCAGAUUAAGUCAGCUUGAAUUUGGAUCACAAGAAAGCUUUAUUGCAUGGGGUGGUGGGAAGACGAUUGACUGAGCGACUUAAACUGGAUCAUGGCAGUAAAUAUCAUUUUGUGCAGCUCUUUUUCAUUACUUCGCCUGCUUUUGCUUUUGAAACUGAAUUAUUUUGAUGGAAACUCUAUCUGUGAUUCAGGAUGGCAAAGUAAUUGUGCUCACAAUCCAAGCUGUAAUUAAAGUUGUGCUUAUGCUAGAGAAUGUAUUAAGGUUGUAGAAGGCUUCAACCAACACUUAAGUCUUUUCACUGAUUUUGUAGUACUCUUGGUUCUACGGCAUAAUGCUAAUGGAUUUUAAGUGCAUUUUUCAAAAGAAAAAAAGAACACUUGAACAUCUGUUUGCAGUCA